AAGUGCAAAACCUUGCGAAGAAUUCUUCAUUCAGCUGAGGAUGUCAGAAGCGUACGAGAGGGUGAGGGGCGGAAGGCUGGCGUUCAAGGGCGGCGAGCUCGCCACCCGCGACAAAGCCAUAGACAAGAAGAAAAAAAAGAAGAAGAACAAGAGCAAGCUCCAAGACGACGCCGCUGCUCCGUCCGAGGAUCCGAGCAUCAGCGUCGUGGAUCAGGCCACGGACGCCGCCGAUGUCUACACGAUUGACCCGAUGAAGAAGAUGAAGUACGACGAGCUGUUCCCCGUCGAGACGAAGAAAUUCGGGUACGACGCCGCCAAGGCCAAGGCGAAAUCGGUCGAGGAAGCCCUAGAUGAUCGGGUGAAGAAGAAGGCCGAUCGGUAUUGUAAAUGAAGUUUGAUUAUGAUUUCUAUGUAGCUGUGUUUGGCACUGGAUUCGAUUGAACUAAUGUACUGUUUGAUGAUGAAUAGAAGUUGUUGAUUUCUGUUUCGA